UAUAACUCGGCCGCCCGCAACCUCCCCCCCCCCCCCGUAACCCCUCUGAGUCUCCCUCUCUCUCGGUCUCCUUCUCCGUCGGCUCCGUCGUCGUCUCCAUCGGUCUCUGAAGUCCUUCUGUCUCAUCUCUCUGUCUCCGUCGUCUGUCUCUGUCGCAUCAGCCGCCCCGCCUCUGUGUCUCUCAAAGUGCCCCUCUCUGAGUCUCUCUGUCUCACGGUAUCCCUCUCUAAAAGGUUCAUUAAUGGAGAUCCAGACAGAUGAGAAAGAAGGCUCUCUUAUUCUGCUGAAACAAGGAGCUGAAGCUAGAAUUUUUGAGUCGGAUUUUGUGGGAAGGAGGUCCAUUGUCAAGGAACGCUUCUCAAAGAAGUAUCGACAUCCAACUUUGGAUUCUAAACUUACUCUUAAGCGCUUAAAUGCUGAGGCCAGGUGCAUGACAAAAGCAAGACGACUUGGAGUUGCUACUCCUGUGUUGUAUUCUGUGGACCCUGUGCUUCAUACUCUUACAUUUGAGUAUGUAGAGGGUCCUUCUGUCAAAGAUGUGUUACUUGAAUUUGGGUCACAUGGUGUUGUUGAAGAACGAUUAAAUGAUAUUGCUUCACAAAUUGGGGAUGCAAUUGGAAAAUUACAUGAUGGCGGCCUCAUCCAUGGUGACUUGACCACAUCAAACAUGUUACUCAAAAGUGGUACCAAUCAGCUCGUCCUCAUUGACUUUGGUCUGAGCUUCACUUCAACCCUUCCGGAAGAUAAAGCUGUCGAUUUAUAUGUACUUGAACGAGCACUUCUUUCCAUGCAUUCUUCGUGUGGGAAUGUGAUGGACCGGAUACUUGCUGCCUAUCGGAAAUCAUCAAAACAGUGGUCAUCCACAUUUAACAAGCUUGCUCAAGUGCGUCAAAGAGGACGAAAACGGACCAUGGUUGGAUGAGCUGUUUUCAAAUAUCUUUACCCAUUAAGGUAAAAGAAGAGAAUAUUCUAGUGGACAGACUUGUUUUAAGAUAUUUGUUAAUGUAUCUACACGUUUGUGCAUUGGCACAACGAUUUAACGAAAUGCAGAUGCUCUGAACCUCUGAGUGCUCAAGACGUGAAAAUUUUCUCGUCUACAAUUAAAUAGGUUGCUAUGCACCUGUAAAA